GUUCAACUGUAGUACUGUAGUAUCUUUAACUGUUUAAUACUAAACAUUGUAAUGUUUCAGUUGGUGUCUUUAGCGAUCCCUGCUGGCCCACAUGAUUAAUUCAGUGGCAGCUCUUUCAUUUCGGCUGCUGAAAGGAGGGCUGCGGUUUUUUUUUUUUGUUUUGUUUGUAGAAGCCGAGGAUAGUGCCAAAAAGGAGCAAGAGAAGGACUGUUUUUGCAGGGAUGGCGAGCAUUAAGCUAAUUUCAGCAGCUGACUCUCAGUACUCUGGGACACUCUUGAAGGCUCUCAAUGAGCAGCGCAGCACUGGACUCUUCUGCGAUGUUACCAUUAUCGUACAGGACCGUAAAUUCAGAGCCCACAAAAACAUCCUGUCGUCUUCCAGCACUUACUUCCAUCAGCUUUUUUCAGUUGCUGGCCAGGUGAUUGAGCUUAACUUCAUAAAGGCGGAGAUUUUUGAAGAAAUACUGAAUUACAUUUACAGUUCAAAAAUCAUCCGGGUCCGAUCGGAUAUUCUGGAGGAGCUCAUUAAGUCUGGUCAGACGCUAGGAGUCAAAUUCAUUGCUAACCUGGGUUUGCCCCUCUCCCAGGUCAAAGGAUUACCUGGUUUGUCAAAAGAUUCUGUACCGGACGGUGUGGGUUCCAGUUCAGCAUCCAAAGGCCCAGGCUCGCAAAAUAUCCCAGCCAAAAAUGAUCUAAUUACCCAAGAGGCAGGUGGUGAGGCCAUGCCCAUUAUAACUGAGGCCUUCUCUCUGUCCAGCGAGGAAUUCAAGCAGUCCGAAGGUUUUGUUGACGAUGAUUCAGAUAGCGACGAUGUCAUCUUCUGCUCUGAAAUUACACCCCCAAAAUCUGGUGUAUCCAGCAGCACAGCGACACAAUGUCAGUCCAACAGCACAGCGACACAAGGUCAGACCAACCCUUCUGAAAUUAUCGACCUAGAAGAAGAGGAGACCGCAGAAAACAGUCCGCCUGCUCCUGUUAGCUCCUCUAGGUUGAUUCAGGGCAGCAGUGAGAAAAACUCUAGUGUGGUAACAAUACCCACUAGUGAACAGGAGGAAGCUAAUCCAGCACCUGGCACAAGCUCUUCACAUAACCAGCCUGACUCCAGUUCCCUCGCCUCCCUCCUGGAGCAUGAAAGUCCUGACACCAGCAUGAAUCUUGCCUCUCCAACCGGCUCUUCAUCUUGGGACAGCUUCUGCAGCCCCCCAUCCACCCCAGUUCCAGUGACUAGUUCCCCGACAGGCAUGUACCCCAGCACUAAAGCAAAGGAAAACCAUGAAGCCAGAGGAGUCCAGAAGAAGCAGGUGAUCGCUCUCUUAGAGAAUGCUGCAAGCAAACCUGGGGAAUUCAAAAUCAAGCUCUCAGACAUAGGGUCGGCAAGCCGUUCCAUAAAUGGAGCCGCUGAGGCGAAGGACUCUGAAAACAUCACGGGUGGGAAGAAGAUCAUAACCUUGGACAAAGGUGCUGAAAUCGACGCUUUGUCAACUGGGUGCAAGGUGUACGCUAAUAUUGGAGAGAACACCUAUGACAUCGUCAUUCCAGUGAAAGACGACCCCGGGGAAGGAGAUUCCCAAUCCGGUGGGGGGAAGAAAUCCAGAACGGCUGCAAGUGACGAGCUGGACACCUCCCCAAGCCGGAAAAAGAUCAGAGUGAAGCACGAUGACCAUUAUGAGCUGAUUAUGGACGGACGGAUCUUUUAUAUCUGUAUUGUUUGCAAGCGGUCGUACGUGUGCCUGACGAGCUUGAGGCGGCACUUCAACACCCACUCCUGGGAGAGGAAGUACCCGUGCCGCUACUGUGACAAGGUGUUCGCUCUCGCCGAGUACAGAACGAAGCACGAGAUCCAUCACACAGGAGAGCGCCGCUACCAGUGCUUGCUUUGCGAAGAGUAUUUCAUCAACUACCAGGUGUUGUCCUCGCACUGCAAGUCCGUUCACAACCAGGAUCCCUCUGGGAAAAAGGAGAAGGACGACAACGAAUCCAAAUUGUACCGUCUGCUCCCUUGCAAAUCCUUGCAGCUCAGGCCGUACUCCUACGUCUCCAACCCCUCGGGUGGAAUACCCAUUAUAAACGAGGACGGACUCGUGUACCAUGUGGAUCCCAGCAAAGCGGGGUCCGGGUUCAGCCCAGGCUCCCAGCCGCUCGCAACGGGCAAGCAGGUAGUGCACUGGGAUGAUAUUUUUGUCCAUCCUGGGUCGGGGCAGCCAGCGACUUACGUACAUCCCUCUGAAGGCACUUCCGAGUUUGAAUUUGUUAUACCAGAGUCCUACUGAAAGCAGUUUGCAGACAGCAAGUUGUUUUUUUUCUGCUCUUUGUGGUCCAAGACAAACUCCUACUCUAAAACCAUGUCGGGUGUGAAUCUGAGUCACAUGUAUGUAGGACGUCUCAACGUAGCACUGGUUUGGUGGCCUGAGGCAGCUAGGUUUUAGUAAGCAACCUUGGUCACUUAAAUCUCUCUUUUUUUAAUUGUGGUAGGUGAACUAUAACGUUUAGCUGGUUACUUUUUGUUUAAAAGUAUUCUUUUAAUAAGUUCUGUUAUCCAUAGUUGGGUUAGAAAAAAAAAAAAAAAGAAAUCAAGUUACAGAUUAUAUUCCAAGAUAAGCAUUUGCAAAAUGAGAUGCUCUUUGAACUGCAAGGCAUAGGUUUCCUAGAAUGUGAAGCAACUGUUUCAAGUUGUUAGAGAUACGUGCAGCAGUUCAGUAUCUUAGGUUUGGGUUUCCGUAUAUACCAUGAUUUUAGAGCGCAGCAUUACCGGAGAGCAGACGAAAUUGCUUUACAUACAAGAAUGCACCUGUCAAACAAUCUGGUGUGAAAUGAAAACCAGACCCAGUAUUUAUAGAAUUCUUUCUGAUCCUAGUUCGUGAGUUGUGGUUACCAGUGAUGCUUUUACAGUUUUUAGGUAGCAGAUCACCUAAAUUACACUUAGAGACAUUUAUGAAAGAAAAAAUAUUUUUAACAUUCAAACUAGGUAAUUGUAGGGUGUAUUUCAUCACAGAGUGAAAACAUUAUUCUCUUAAUAUCUUCAGAUUCUCAGCUGUUUAGAAAGGUGUAAUACGGUGUACUUUUGGUGGGUAUUUUGAAUGUUCACCGGAGCGGAAUGGUUAAGACGGUGGGUUAGGGUCAGUGAGUCAUCAAACUGGUUUAAAGCCUGUGCUAUUCAUUUUUAAAUUUUUUUUAUUAACUUAAGAAUAAAAACAGACAAUAAAGCAGAAACAGCAAUGUCCAGAAUACAAGUUGUAAAAGAAAAUCAUUAAAUGUAAUGUUUGUUUUUUUCUGUCUUGAACCCAUUACUGCAUACUGUUACUUCUGCAUGUUCAGCAUUUAUGUAAGCCUAUUCCUUCAAUAGAAAAGCAAGGUCAUGAAUGGCUUUACCUGAUUUUCAUGUUUAGCAGAAACAUCCAGCUUUCAUGUUUUUUAACUGAUAAAGCCAUGUAAGGAUGUAAGUAGUGCAGGAAUGAUGUCCUAACAGAGGGUCUGUACAAUACAGUUUAUUUACGUUCACAGGUUGAUGUCCAUAAUUAACAGUUCGGCAUAUAUAUAUUGAAUAAUAUACACUAUUUGAAUAAUGUUGAAGAGUAGGCAAUGCUUUUUAUAAUGGAAAUUAAUCUUGAAUUGUAGUUGCUGUGUUAGAGAGAGAAGGGGAGUGAUCUGUCUGCUGUCUGAAAAGGGGAUAUUUCUGAAACAUGGUGCUGGAUAUUUGACAUAUUAUCUUCCUUUUUUUUUCCUUUCACAGCCGGUUGACUCCUUAAGGCCACCAAGCCAAUUAGUGUAGAUCCGCCAAAGUAACACAAUGUUCUGUACAGUAGAGUGUAAGAAAAGAAGAUAAAUCAGCUGAAGGGAAUAAAAAAGGGAUAGCUAUUUGAAGUGCUUAAUUGUAUUGAUGUAAAAUUGAAUUCCGUGUAGGAAAAGAGCUGACCUAAACCCUGAUUCCAGAUAUGGCACUAUGUGGCUCAUGCAUAGGAAAUGUAGUUCUGUCUAACUUUCACUGUGAAAUAUCCCAGUUGCAGAGUUGAGGUUUAGCACUUUGUUCCAAUGACUUUUUACUUUAGUGUUUUGAGGAUGAAUUUUAGCAUUCAGUAGGAUUCUUAGCUGACCUGCCCAGUGCUUAUGUAUGGGGGUAAAUGUAACGUAUAGUGAUAGUUGUGUUUUUCCCUGUAACUAACAGCCCUCCGCAUCUGAUGUGUGCAGAAAAGGAGGAUUUGACUUCACCCUUAGGAGAAACAGUAUCAUUCUCUUAAAGAAAUAAUGCAUUUACAGUGCAGCCAAUGGAAAAAGCCCAUUUUAGCAAACAUAUUUGUCACCAUGUUAAAUUCAUUUUCAUUUCUUUUCAUAUUUUGGUAGAAUAUGAACGUUCAGUGGAAUCUGCUUUAUGACGUACAGUAACUUUACUACUGUAUUAGUAAAAAGCGUGUAACUGCGGGUGGGGGUCAACAGGGCUGAAAAAAUAUCCCUGUGUCAAUCUGACCCCCUGAUCUAACGGACCAAACCUGAACUGUAUCUCAACAUUAAACUGUGUCAAAAAUAAUAAAGGAGGAUUGAGAACAAAAAUGUGAUUUACAGUGGGUAUCCAGGCAAACACAUGCAUGGCUGGACACUAAUAAUCAAAUAUCAGCAACGGCUUCGACGUUCCCUGGGCAUGGGUGCAUGGCAAUGUGUGGCACUGCGGUUCAGGGAUGGUUGUUUUGUUAUGGAGGAAGUUAUUGAUUUCAUUUUGUAGAGGACACCGCUAUUUUUAUUCUAACUCCAUCCUGUGGUGACAACAAGCAGACUUUACUUUAUUUUUAUAACAGAUCAUGCUUUCAUAUGAAUACACUUCCCAUUGCACCCCCAGAGGCUGACUGCUGUCUCUGCAUGCACAGAUCCCUGAAGCUAGGGCAGUCUGGAUCUGGGAGAGUGAUAUAUAAGUGCGCUGGGCUAAUCCAGACAAGAUGAGGACGGCAUGCAGCCUCAGGUUGUCUUUAUUGUAAAGGUCUUGUACACCGAAUGUGUUCAUGAUUUCAUGAGUUCAAAACACUUUAUUUGUAGUAUGCCACUGGCAUGCUAGUCAUACCUAAAGCAAUUUAGGUAGCAACAAAGUUAUCAAUAGUUUGAUUGUUUUAAAAAGGUAUUUGGGCAAGCAAAGCAGGGCUGCACUGUUAAAUGGUCUUGGUAUGGUUCUGGGUGAAAUGCUUCUUGUAGUUCGGGUGAAAAGUCCCAUACUUCUCAAUAGCAACGAUUAGGUAUUUUGAUUGAAAAGACUCUGGUUUCUGGUCUACUGGAAACGUAUUCUGUAUGCUGGACACAUGUAAUGCAUCUCCAAGACCGUGCUGUAAUUCUGAGUACAAUUUAGCGUGGGGAGACAAUAUAGAUUCAUGGUGUUAGAAAAUCAUGCAGAAUAUGACACGGCAGCCUGAAGGUUGUCAGUGGAUUGAAUGUUCUUGAUAAUAAGGUCAUUAUGUGCAUUCGUGAUUUAUACUGGAUGCUUAAGAACCCUUAUUUAUAGCACUAUUUGCUACAUGUGCCUGUGACAUUGUAACCCUGUGCUGGCCAGUAGAAAGCACUUCAGAUCAAGUUGUUUUUGUGUGUGUGUGUUUGUUUAAACUACAAUACAGUGCUUGCCUCAUUUUCCAACUGUCAAAAUUAACUGUCAAAGCAGUGCUUCUGCUUUUCAAACAACGUCUGUAAAUAACUGUACUAAAGCCUGUUACUUAACAUAGUAUUUGGAGUUAGAUUCUUGUUUUGUUUCUUGUAUCUUAUUUAUAGUUCUUAGUGCUUUCGAAAAUUUAAAUAAAACUUUAUGAAUAUA